UUCGGUUUUCCUUUUUGGCCUCCAUGGUUUGGUCUGCGUGCGAAGCGAAUCGUGAGGAGAUGGAUUUUGUCACUCCGGAAGAUGAGGGGACACGCAGACGGACACGAUGCGCACAAGAAGAAGUGAGAGCGGACAAGUAGCAGUGGUUUAAGUUGGUUGGUGUGAGUUCCAUCGCUGGGAGAUCAUCGUACAGCCGGGGGGUCAUUUAUGGUAUAGUUGCGUGAAGAACUGUGUCAGCUAGAGGACUGAGCAAACAAGAGGAGGGCUAAGAUUGAGAGCGAAGAUGAGGCGGCAAUCGCCGUUUGAGCGGCUURCUGAGAAGAACAAGCGGCUUCUUCCACUUGCUAUUUCCAUUGGUGGUGCCUGCACGAUUUGUUUUUUUCUCGGCUCKUUCUACUGCGGUCUCAGGGAACCUAAUGUUGCCCCUCGCCCACAUACGCUCGCUAUGAAUCAGCCCAUAGCUUUUAAGCCUUGCACAAGGGAGUACCAGGAUUUCACACCAUGCACGGAUCCUUCAAGAUGGUCAAAGCAUGCUGGAAAUACUAAGGGAUAUGCGGCGAGGGAGAGGCAUUGCCCCCCCAAGCAGGACCGAUUGCAGUGUUUAGUGCCCCCCCCCCCGGAUUACAAGGACCCAAUCAGAUGGCCAGAGAGCCUUAACACGACCUGGUACAGCAACGUUCCCUAUGACUGGAUCGACAAGCAGAAGUCAAACCAGCAUUGGGUAGAAAGGAAGGAUGACAAGUUUAUCUUCCCAGGAGGUGGGACCAUGUUUCCGCAUGGUGUUGGAGUAUAUGUGGACAACUUGCAGGAGGUCUUGCCUCCUCUGAAGGAUGGCACGAUCAGAACUGCUCUGGAUACUGGUUGUGGGGUCGCCAGCUGGGGUGGGGAUUUGCUGCACAGGGGUGUGCUUCCUUUGUCUUUUGCACCAAAAGAUAACCAUGAGGCACAGAUCCAGUUUGCUCUUGAGCGGGGUAUUCCAGCUAUGCUCGGCGUAAUAGCCACUCAAAGGCUGCCAUACCCGAGCAGAGCUUUCGAUAUGGCACACUGCAGCAGAUGCCUUAUCCCGUGGUCAGCCAAUGGUGGGCUGUAUUUGACGGAGAUUGCGCGCAUCCUUCGGCCUGGAGGAUUCUGGGUCCUUUCUGGGCCUCCUGUGAAUUACCAACAAAGGUGGAGAGGGUGGGAAACCACGGAGGAAGAACAACGACAGGAUCUUGAGAAGCUAAAGGAUACGAUGAAGAGUUUGUGCUUUACGCUGUACAAACUGGAGGGGGACUUUGCGAUCUGGCAGAAGCCAACAACUAAUGAAUGCCAUAAGCAGAAGAAACAGGACGGUUCUCAGCCAGCCAUCUGCGAUACAGACGCGUACCCUGCUGAUGAUGCGUGGUAUGUGCCAAUGGAGCCUUGUGUAACACCAUUCCCGGAUAAUUACGUAAGCACACCACAGCGACAAUGGCGUGAAAGGGUAAACGCUAUACCACCGCGGAUUCUGGAGUCAAAGGAUGAAAGUGCUGCGGUGUUUCAACACGACGUGAAGAAGUGGCAAGAAAGAGUGGAGUUCUACAAGACAGUUGUUGGUGAGCUGGGGAGCAACAAGAUUCGCAACGUGAUGGACAUGAAUGCUGGAUAUGGAAGCUUUGCUGCUGCCCUUGUUGACAUGCCUGUUUGGACAAUGAAUGUUGUUUCAACGUAUGGCGUGAAUACCCUUGGUGCGGUGUUUGAUCGGGGCCUGAUCGGCACGUAUCACGACUGGUGUGAAGCUUUCUCAACGUACCCAAGAACAUACGACAUGUUGCAUGCUGCCGGCCUUUUCAGUGCAGAGGGUCACAGAUGCGAGCUGACGGAUGUUAUGCUGGAGAUGGACCGCAUCCUUCGUCCCAACGGAGUUGUAAUUGUUCGCGAUCUUGACUAUGUAGUUGAGAGGGUGGCCAAUGCCGCCAAGCUGAUGCGCUGGAAUUGUCAGUCUUUCUCUGACGAUAGUCGUUCAGCUGUUUCCGAGGAGGUCUUAGUUUGCAGGAAGGAAUUCUGGACGAUCUAGAAGUUGAGCGGCGACCGUCUCGUGCUGGACGCAGGUCGCCGAAGCGGCUGUCGACCCUGCUUAAAGCGCGGUGGUCGGCUGAUUCAGGCGAGCGUAGAGCAAGGUAGGAGUUGUAGACAGACCCAUUGUUGUUACCUACUGGUUUCCCUCUUCUCUUCUUUGAGAAGUUUCAAUUGGGAAUGAGAUGAAAUUGCUAACUUUCGCGAAUGUCGUUUUACUUCAUCAUGUAGGAUUCUCUGUGUCCCUUUACCGUGGAGCAAAUUAGGAGGGUUUCACUUUCGAAGGCGCUGGUACCUGAGAGCCAAAGCAGUCUAUAUGCUAUGUGUUGUAUUCUGUGUUAGGUUGAUGCCGGAGUCAUCGUCAUAAAUGGUGCGAAACACAACAGAGUUACGGGUAAUUUGCGGGGAGGCCCACUUCCCCUGGGCGGAAACCGGGCUUAGGUGGCAGAUGCGGCAAGGCACUUGACUGGUGGAAGGAGAUAAAUCUCGUGGGAGUUCGCGAGGCAUUCAAGGUCAUCAGCAAGAGAAGAAGAAAGUGACGCCGACGCGCACACUGGAGAGAGACCCUACGCACGUUUCAACCGGUCCCCAGUUUGGGAUCGUCGGGGGUGAGAAGAACAUGGCUAGGAUGGGCAAAUCAUGAAGAAUCUGGUGAAAAGCGAGUCGGAGCACGUGGCGACUGCGGGCAUGGGGUGCAAAAUGCACACGUGCGUCUUUGUGCACGUGGCGGAAUAUGCGUGCAGCGAUGGGGAUUUUCUUUUCGUGUUGGAAAUUGAUCCAUUUUCGAAGGUCGCUGGGGAGGGCGUUGAUAUAUUGCGUGUUGUAUGUAACCCAUUUAACAAGUUGGCCAAUUCUGAUUCUUCAAUUUUUGGUAAUAACCAGAGCCUUGAUGGGAGAGAGUGCGUAAGUUUUUAAAGCAUUUUUUUGUUGUUCCUUUGGGUUUCCUACCCUUGCCUCAUUUGUGGGCUUUUUUGACCGGGAUAUGGCUUUGCAUUCUGUUCUUUUUCCCCUUCUUUUUCUCGUUUUGAUCUCCGGAAGCGGGUGUGUUUUUCUCAUGCUGAUCUUUGCUCAAUGGAUUGAAAAUGGGGUUCCUUUUUUUUUUCAGAGUUCUCAAUGUUAAAGCAAAAAGAAAAAGAAAGAGAGUUUUCAACUUUCUCAAGCAACAGAGGUUGCGCCUAACAAUGUUGGUGUGUACUGUGCAUGAUGUCCUUGGGAGAAGUUCUUGAUGGACGUAAAUAAAGGUCGUGGAAAUUC